UCGGUUUGGAGUAUUUGAUCUCCAGUUCUAUUGAGUGGUGUAACUAGUUAGCUGUUGCUUUUCGCAGGUGAUCGCGGCGUUUUUUAAGGUGUCACUACGGUGUGCUAGCGGAAUUAUUGCCAUUUUGAUCGUGAAUGUAAUUCUUAGCAUGUUGACAUAGUGCCCUAGAAAUUGACUAGAACCGGUGGUACUAGUUUUUCAUGUAUACCGAAGGACACGUGGAAAUGAUUUGAUUCUAAGCGGAUGCUUUUGACGGAAUCUGGUUCAGCCAGUGUGGUUUAGAUUGGCUUCUAAUUGCAACGCGGUCAAAUCGAGUGAACUAACAGGUUUUUUGAAGAGUGAAGUGCAUUGAAAUGGCCACGAUGGACAUGCGGGAUAAUUUCACGGACAUAUCGUGGGCCUCUAAUUACAUUAUGAAAAUGGCCUUAGACGAAUAUCAGGCAGAGCGAAACUGGACGCGUCUUAUAUACCAGUAUUGGGAACUGGUAGAAGAUUUGCUGGCAGACCCACGUGCGAAAAAUCUGCCCUUUAUGGAUAAUCCCCUGCCCACGCUAGGAAUGAUUACAACCUAUCUGACGUGGGUCCUGAUAAUCGGACCAACGUACAUGCGGGACCGGAAACCGAUGCAGUUGACGAGGACUCUAUUUUACUACAAUUUAUUUCAGGUGCUGCUGAGCGCUUACAUGUUUUACGAGCAUCUGAUGGCUGGCUGGGCACGAGGGUAUAGCUUGACAUGUGAACCUGUGGACUAUUCCGACGGUGCUUUGUCGAGGAGGAUGUUCGACUUGUGCUACAUUUAUUAUCUUUCGAAACUGUCCGAGUUCGCAGAUACUGUCUUCUUCGUAUUGCGGAAGAAGAAAUCACAGAUAUCCUGGUUACAUUUAUAUCACCAUUCUUUGACUCCAAUUGAAACGUGGAUUUUAACAAAAUUUUUGGCUGGGGGAAAUACAACACUGCCAAACAUAAUCAACAAUUUUGUGCAUACACUGAUGUAUUUCUACUAUCUGCUCUCGUCGAUGGGACCCCAAUAUCAAAAAUAUUUGUGGUGGAAGAAAUACAUGACCGAGAUUCAAAUAGCUCAAUUCAUCAUAUGUAUCCUGCACGCCAUUAAUGCAUUGCUGACAGAUUGUGAAUUUCCAAAGCUGAUCACGUUUUUGCUUCUCUGCAAUGCCGGCAUAUUUUUUGUGCUGUUUAUGAAUUUUUACAUGGAAAAUUACAAACGAACCUCCACAAGAACUAAAACCACUGCCAAUAGCGAUUUGCCAGGGUUGGAAAACAAUAACUGCAUUGAAUUGAAGGAUAUCAACGAAAGGAUAGAUUUUGAGAAAAAUCAAUAGUAGGUUUAGAUUUAGCAUAGACGCAGCCGAAAAAAAAACUUCAAAGUCUGAAAGGAACCUACUAGUGAUUCUAGAAAGUGUUUUAGCUCAUUGUUAUACAGAAACAGAUUUCUUCCUACUGUACUCGAUUGAAAUCGAUGCUUGCUAGUUAGAUGUUAGAUGAUAUAUAGUAAAUUAAGGCUUCAGUGCUAUCUAAUUCACAUGUAAAUAGAAUGUUCUGAUAAAUUUUAAGACUGUGAACUAAUGCGACUACCAAGGCAAAAUCUGUACUUGGUCAGUUUUUACAUUUUUAUAUUGACUGUAAAUAAAUACACGUUACCCAUUUCGAUAUUCAA